AGUCGAAAAUAAUUAGUUCAGUCGAGAUCGAUUAAUUAACUAACAAGAUGUACAAAAUUGUAGUCCGAACCCGCCCUUUUUUCCCCAAACUAAAAAAUUUGCGAUUUCUAAGUCCCGGUGCUCCAAAACCCGACGGUCCUUUAUUUCCACACAAAGAUGAAUUCCCUAGUCGACACAUCGGUCCUAGGGACAGCGACAUUAUCCAAAUGUUGGACUCGCUCGGUUUUAAGAGUUUGGACGAGUUGACGGACAAGGCCGUUCCACAAAACAUUCGCUUGAAUCGACAAUUGGACAUUGAAGAGCCCGUAGGCGAGUACGAGCUGAUAAAUCGAAUACGAAAAAUAGCGGAACGAAAUCAAAUUUGGAGGUCAUACAUUGGCAUGGGGUACCACAAUUGUUGCGUACCGCAUACCAUCAUGCGAAAUAUUUUUGAAAAUCCAGGCUGGACCACUCAGUAUACUCCUUAUCAGCCGGAGGUGUCGCAAGGGAGACUCGAAGGGUUGCUCAACUACCAGACAAUGGUCUCUGACUUGACGGGUUUGGAUGUGGCUAAUGCCUCACUUUUGGACGAAGGGACAGCAGCAGCUGAAGCCCUUUCGCUUUGUUAUCGACAUAAUAAGAGGCGAAAGAUGCUUAUGUCUGAUAAACUUCACCCACAAACAAUUUCAGUCGUUGAGACACGUUUAUCGUCUUUGGGACUUCAAGUCGAAGUUGUGGACGUUUUCGAAGCUGAUUUUUCGAACAGAGACGUUGCAGGAGUUCUUUUCCAAUAUCCAGACACUGAAGGAAACAUUCUUGAUUUUAGUACGGUCACAGAAGCUGCACAUGAACACGGUACUCUAGUGUGUUGCGCUACAGAUCUGCUCGCGUUAACUCUUCUCCGACCACCGAGUGAGUUUGGUGCUGAUAUUGCUGUUGGUACUUCGCAACGGUUGGGGGUACCAUUGGGUUAUGGAGGGCCCCAUGCUGGGUUUUUUGCUUGUAAUCAGUCCUUGGUGCGACUUAUGCCAGGCAGGAUGAUUGGAGUGACACGAGAUGCUGCUGGUCGAGAUGGAUAUCGUUUGGCAUUACAGACACGUGAACAACACAUCAGAAGAGAUAAGGCUACAAGUAAUAUUUGUACCGCUCAGGCGUUACUAGCGAAUAUGUCGGCUAUGUUUGCGGUGUACCAUGGACCACAAGGGCUUAAAGAUAUUGGUACUAAAAUACACAACAUGACGUUGGUAUUAAGCCACGGCUUGCAGCAAGACGGUAACACCUUAACGAACGAACUCUUCUUCGACACUCUCCGAAUCGAACCAAAACUCUCCACCGAAGAGAUCCAACGUCGAGCCAACGCGAAAAAAAUCAACCUACGAUAUUUCGACGACGGCUCAGUCGGAGUCUCCCUCGACGAAACAGUCACUUUCGCCGACAUUAACGACCUGUUUGAAAUAUUCGGCAGUUCGCACAAAAUCGAAGACUUGCUCAACAACCCAAUGGUGCGCGAACACUCAAUCACCAAAGGCGAAUACAAAAGAACCUCCCCGUUUCUAACACACCCAGUAUUUAACUCACACCAUUCCGAAACUAGGAUCGUUCGCUACAUGAAAAUCUUGGAGAAUAAGGACAUUUCUCUGGUCCAUUCGAUGAUCCCGCUUGGUUCUUGCACAAUGAAACUUAACUCAACGACAGAGAUGAUGCCUUGUUCCUUCAAACACUUUACUGAUAUUCAUCCGUUUGCGCCUUUGGAUCAAACUUUGGGGUAUCACCAGUUGUUUGCAGAGCUUGAGAAAGAUCUUUGUGCCAUCACUGGGUAUGACAAGAUUAGUUUCCAGCCGAAUAGUGGCGCCCAAGGUGAAUAUGCAGGUCUGAGGGCCAUUCAGUGCUACCAUGAAGCCCGAGGUGAUAAAAAUCGGGACGUUUGUUUGAUUCCUGUGAGUGCCCAUGGGACGAACCCAGCAAGUGCCCAAAUGGCCGGGAUGCGGAUUGAACCAGUCAGAGUGAAACAUGAUGGUUCGAUCGAUGUCGAAGAUCUUAAAGCGAAGGCCGAGAAGUUCAACAGUCGUCUCUCGUGCAUGAUGAUCACCUACCCAUCAACUAAUGGACUUUUUGAGGAAACGGUCGCAGAUGUGUGUGAUAUUAUCCAUAAAAACGGUGGUCAGGUCUACCUAGAUGGUGCCAACAUGAACGCACAAGUCGGAUUGUGCCGACCUGGUGAUUACGGCGGUGACGUCUCCCAUCUGAACUUGCACAAAACCUUCUGCAUACCGCAUGGAGGUGGUGGUCCUGGUAUGGGUCCAAUCGGGGUCAAGUCACACCUAGCACCCUUUUUGCCGGGUCAUCCCGUCGUCAACCCCUUGGGCGAAGACUCCCCAACUUAUGGUGUUGUAAGUGCCGCACCUUUCGGUUCCUCUGCCAUUCUCCCCAUUUCGUGGGCUUAUAUCAAAAUGAUGGGCGCUCGAGGUUUGAGGAAAGCCACCCAAGUCGCGAUUCUAAACGCCAAUUACAUGUCAAAAGUAUUAGAACAACACUACACCACUUUGUUUAAGAGCCCAACGUCGGAUUUGGUCGCUCACGAGUUUAUUAUUGACACAAGAGAGUUUAAAAAGACUGCCAAUAUCGAAGCUGCAGAUAUUGCGAAAAGACUGAUGGAUUAUGGGUUCCAUGCGCCCACCAUGUCCUGGCCUGUGGCUGGGACUUUGAUGAUUGAACCGACGGAAUCGGAGGAUAAGCAGGAGUUGGACCGGUUUUGUGAAUCGUUGAUUUCGAUUAGACAGGAGAUUAAGGAUAUUGAGGACGGGGUUAUGGAUAAAAGGGUGAAUCCGUUGAAGAUGGCGCCGCAUACGCAAGAACAGGUUAUUAACAGUGCUUGGGAGAGGCCGUAUACGAGGGAACAGGCGGCGUUUCCGGCUCCGUUUGUGAGGCCAGAAGUUAAAGUUUGGCCGACGGUUGCAAGGAUUGAUGAUAUUUAUGGCGAUAAGCAUCUCGUGUGUACGUGCCCCCCCAUUUUGGACGAAUACAAUUACUAAAUGUUUGGAUCAGAAUGUAUUAUUUAUUGAGUCGACGCUACAAUAAUUUUUAAGGAAAUUGGAAUUUUUUCUGAAGCUGCGCAAAAUCAAAUCUAGUCAUCAAAUUCUUAUUUGCGAUUAUUGUACACGUAACAAUGAAUUCGAGUCAGACUUUGCCUAAUUAUAUACAUAAUACCUAAUAAUAAUAAUAAUAACAUAAAUACAAA